CGACCCGUCAGUAGUAAACAGAAGGCGUGGGGAGGUGGACGCCCGCCAGCCGCUCGCUUGUCCCCCCUGCCCUCCUACCUCGGACAUGACUUCUCCUGCUCCUACGGCGUGAUUUUUUUUCCUGCCGAUUUCCAAGAUGACCUCGCCGGAGUUCCAGUUCAUCCCUCCGCCUGAAGCCCCCGUGUUUAAGCCGACGUGGGAGGAGUUUCAGGACGCCCUGGGAUACAUUAACAAGAUACGGCCCAUCGCGGAGCAGUCCGGGAUCUGUAAAAUAAUCCCCCCGCCGGACUGGCAGCCUCCCUUUGCUGUUGAUGUUGAUAACUUCAAGUUCACACCACGUAUCCAGAGGCUCAAUGAGCUUGAGGCUCACACACGGAUCAAGCUAAACUUUUUGGACCAAAUUGCUAAAUUCUGGGAACUGCAAGGUUCCUCUCUGAAAAUACCUGUUGUUGAGAGAAAAGCACUGGACCUGUACUCUUUGCAUAGAAAUGUCUGGACAGAAGGUGGUAAUGAACAAGUCUCCAAGGAGCGAAAAUGGAACAGAAUAGCAUCUCGCAUGGGAUUUCCUUCAAACAAAAACCUUGGAGCCCUGUUGAAAGCACAUUAUGAGAGGAUUCUGCAGCCUUUUGACAUUUUUAACAAAGGCAAAUUAGUACCCCAAGUGAAAACAGAGGUGAAGGAGGAAGAUGUUGAUACAGUGGACAAGGACUACAAGCCUCACAAAAUACCAAGCCGUAUGGCAGGAAAGAUCCCAGAAAGUGAAAAGAAUGGCCGCCGCUCACGUCGCCAUCCUGAUCUCUCAGAUGCCAAAACUGACACCCAGGUUGGUUUUGGCUCUGAGGAUGAGGAAGAUGGGAAAGGCAGCAAGGAACUUAAGAGGCUUCAGUUUUAUGGUGCUGGACCCAAGAUGGCUGGCUUUGACAAGUCUUCGCCCGAGGAUACGGGAAAGACACGUGGAAAGAAAGUUGAUUAUUCAGACCAUGACCCACUGGCAAAAUACAUCUGCCUCAACUGUGGACGGGGGGAUGCUGAGGACCAAAUGCUUCUAUGUGAUGGGUGUGAUGACUCUUACCACAUCUUCUGUCUGGUACCACCCCUUCUGGAUAUACCAAAAGGAGACUGGAGGUGCCCCAAAUGUGUGGCAGUUGAGGUCAGCAAGCCUGUUGAAGCUUUUGGUUUUGAGCAGGCCCAGAAAGAAUACACUCUUCAGUCUUUUGGAGAAAUGGCUGACAAAUUUAAACAAGACUACUUCAAUAUGCCAGUACAUCUGAUUCCUACUGACAUGGAAGAACGAGAGUUUUGGCGCAUUGUUUCCUCCAUUGAUGAGGAUGUAACUGUGGAGUAUGGAGCUGACCUGCACACCAUGGAUCAUGGUUCAGGUUUCCCAACCAAGAAUUCCAAGAACCUUCUGCCUGCAGAUCAGGAAUAUGCCAGCAGCAGUUGGAAUCUAAACAAUCUACCAGUGCUGGAGGGCUCUGUCCUGGGUCACAUCAACUGUGAUAUCUCUGGCAUGAAGGUGCCCUGGAUGUAUGUGGGGAUGUGCUUCUCAACCUUUUGUUGGCACAAUGAAGACCAUUGGAGUUAUUCCAUCAACUACUUACACUGGGGUGAACCAAAGACAUGGUAUGGCGUACCUGGUGGAAUGGCAGAGCAGUUUGAGGAGGCUAUGAAGAAUGCUGCCCCAGAACUGUUCCAUGCACAACCAGAUUUGCUCCAUCAGCUAGUCACUAUCAUGAACCCAAACAUUCUUAUGAAAGCAGGUGUGCCAAUAGUACGAACAGAUCAGCAUGCAGGAGAGUUUGUCAUCACCUUCCCCAGGUCAUACCAUGCCGGCUUCAAUCAGGGUUACAACUUUGCUGAAGCUGUUAACUUUGCCCCACCAGACUGGCUGGCCAUUGGUCGAGAGUGUGUCCUUCACUACAGCAACCUGAAGCGGUACUGUGUGUUCUCUCAUAAUGAGCUGGUGUGCAAGAUGGCAUCAACCCCUGAUGAGCUGGAUCUCACAGUAGCUGCUGCCACCUAUCAGGAUAUGCUACGAAUGGUUGACCUUGAGAAAAAACUACGCAGAUCCCUUCUCCAUUGGGGUGUAACCAGUGCAGAAAGGGAAGCUUUUGAGCUGCUUCCUGAUGAUGAGAGGCAGUGUGACUUCUGCAAAACAACUUGCUUCCUGUCAGCAGUAACAUGCUCCUGCACUCAAGAACGCUUGGUCUGCUUGAGGCACUACAAAAUGCUCUGUGAAUGUCCACCAGAAAAUCACACAUUGAGGUACCGUUAUACUCUAGAUGAGUUGCCACCUUUGCUGCAACGACUGAAAGUCCGGGCUGAGUCUUUUGAUCACUGGGCUGUCAAGGUGAAGGAAGCAUUGGAGGCAAAGUCAGAAGAAAAAUUAGAGCUAAGUGAAUUAAGAGAGCUGGUUGAAGAAGCAGAAACUCAGAGGUUCCCAGAGAGUGAGUUGCUGCAGACACUUAUUCAAGCAGUUACAGAAGCAGAAAAGUGUGCUACUGUUGCUGCCCACUUAGCCACCAAAAAAGUUCGCACUAGGACACGUGGGAGUGGAGAAGCCAAGAGUAGACUGACUCUGGAAGAGCUGAGACUGUUCCAUGAGCAGAUAGAGUCUCUGGCAUGUGUAGUGCGAGAAGGGGAAGCUGUGAAAGACCUCCUCAACCGAGUCACUACCUUCCAGCAGGAGGCAGUAGAAUUGCUCAACCAAGACACUCCAGAUUCAGAAGUUCUUACCAAAAUGGUGGAUACUGGCUGCUCACUGGACAUAGACUUGCCAGAGCUUCCUAGGCUUAAGCACAAGCUGCAACAGGUUGAGUGGCUAGAGGAAGUGGAGGAGACAUUGGAGGGAUCAGUAACAGUUGAUUGUGUAAGGAAGCUCCUGGACUCAGGUAUAUCUCUGCCUCCACACCCAAAGAUUGAAAAGGCCAUGGCACAACUGCAGCAGCUUCUAAACAACAUGGAAACUUGGGAAGAAAAAGCUAGUCAAGCACUGAAUGCCAAACCAGGCAUCAGUGUAAGUGAGGGUGAGGAACUAGUGAAGCAAGCUGAGGAGGUUCCUGCUCACUUGCCUAGUGUUGCUGCCCUCAAGGAUGCUGUAAAGAGAGCCCGUGAGUGGACCAACAAGGUCACUACACUCCAGAAAGGAGAGACUGCCCCGUUGCUAGAAACAGUGGAAAGCUUGGUGGCGAGGGGACGUCCCAUCCCCCUGAACCUGGAGCCAUUGGCAGAACUUGAAGAAAAUGUAGAAGCAGCCCAUGCUUGGCUAGAGAAGACAGCUCGAACAUUCUUGAAGAAAAACUCUCAUCUGACUUUGCUUGAAGUUCUGGUGCCAAGAACAGACAUUGGUGUUGUAUCUGGCAAGAGGAAGAGAGUCAAGAGAGAGGAGAUGUCAGCUCAGCAGCAGCAGGCCCAGCUCUUGGACAUAUCUUUGGAGGAUGCUGCUAAUUCAGCAUUAGUAGUGAAGGCCUUCAAAGAAUGCGAGGAGAGGGAGCUUGGAGCCAUGAGAGCUCUGAGGGCUCACAACCGCAAUAAACGAGAUGGUGACAUUCCACAAGAAGGAGCUACAUUUUGCCUCUGUCACAAGCCCCCACAGCCCACCAUGUUAACAUGUUCUCUGUGCCUCGAUCUAUUUCACAGUGCAUGUGUUCCUUCCUCUCACCGUAGUAAAGUGAAGCUGAGUAAUGAAGGCAGGUUCUUGUGUCCGUCAUGUGAGCGGUCAAGACGCCCACGCCUCGAAACCAUCCUCUCUCUCUUAGUCACACUCCAGAAAUUACCUGUCAGGUUGCCAGAAGCAGAGGCUUUGCAGUGCCUGACAGAGCGAGCCAUGUCUUGGCAGGACCGUGCCCGUAACCUUAUGAAGACAGAAGAGUUAACAGAUGCCUUGGCUAAGUUGUCAGUAUUCUUACAAAAACUAGUGGAGGCCCAAGUUAAGCAGCAGCAGCAGCACAAAGGAACACCCUCUCAAGGACAAGAUGAAAAAAUGGAGAUUGAUGAGUCUACAAAUGAUGAUUCCUUGCUCAGUGAAGACAGUGAACCCAAAGUGGAUGUUGAAAAGGACAGUGCAGGCAAAAAGCUUGAUGAGGGUAGCUGGGAACAUGCUUAUUCCAGUAACAAACAGAGCAAGGAAAAGAAGUCUGAAGUCGACAAAGCACGUUGGAGCCGUCUGGUGGCCAGUCUCAUGGAGAACCAAGAUACUCCCCUCAUUACCCUUAAUCCGAGAACCCGUUCCCAAGUGCAGGACCUUUUGGUGGAAGGAGAAUUGCAGGAAGUGAGUCUUGAUGAAACUACACACAUGUGGAGGGUUCUGCAGGCUGCCAGUCAUCCACCAUCCAUGUUGCAAGAUACCCUUCUUUCAUUUAAUAAUGCAAGUGGAGGAAAUGAUGAAAACAAAGCAAAGAAGACGGCUCCUAAAAAACGCAAGUCCCAGGUCGAGGGAUUGGAUGAGUCACCAAAGUCCCCUCACAAAUCUCUUAUAAAGAAAGCCAAAUUUGGGAAAGUUUCUCCCAUUGAUGGAAAAACUCCAAAGGGUGUAGUGAAGAAGAAAAUGCUUCCUAAAUCUAUAGAGAAGAAAAAGAAAGAAGGAACAGGAGCAGGAGCUAGUGGACCAGGGGGAGGAGGAGGAGGAGGAGGAGGAGGAGGAGGAGGAGGAGGAGUAGGAGGAGGACCAAAUAAAGAUGGCCCCAAGAAAAAAACCACAGGUGUUGGUAGAAAGAAAAAAAUGCAGUCUGCCACACCAAACAGUUUACAGAGUGAUGAUGAUGAUGAUGACAUAGAUGAGGCCUGUGCUGCUAGCAAGUGCCAGCACCCUGGAGGUCAGAAUGUAGAUUGGGUGCAGUGUGACGGGUGUGAGGGAUGGUUCCACUACGUAUGUGUUGGGCUGAAGGCUGGCGACGUGCAUGAGGAUGAAGAAUACAUGUGCUUGAAGUGCACCACCAAACAACCUAUACCCAAGCCAGGAGAGUUGACGGAAGAGGAAAGUGUGGACAUCCUCCUCAGCCUGGCCUCAACCCUGCCACCUAAGGAUUCUGUUACUCUGAAGUAAACCUAUUAUUCUCCAUUUUGUUGAAAGAAAAAUUAAGGACUUUUAGCUUGACAAGGGAUCUUACAGCCUUAACUGUACCAAGCUCAUGAGAUCUUGGAGGAAAGCAAGUGAUCUAGAAGACUUGAUACAUUUUUCCCUGAAAAUCAUGGUUACUCUGUUGUUAAAAAAAAACCAAAAAAAAAACAAAAAACAUGUGCUAUGUGUACAUGUAGUUCAGCAUUGUGUAAGGGUAAAGUAUAGUGUGGAUCAUUCAGUACCUGCUGUGAAGUCAUUUUUUUAAGGUUAUCCCUCAACCAGUUAACCUGAUAUAGUAUUAAGGAAGUUUUGAUUGUGUCAUAUGAAACAAAUCUGUAGUUUCUGACAUUUCCUAGUUAAGCAUUUGGUCACAUGAGCAGUGCUGACAGCCAAGUUUUAUUUUUUACAAAUACUGCUAUACUUAUCGUUUUGUCCACAGUAGGCAGUCCAACUACAUAUGUUAAUUAGUAGAUCUGAACUUGUGACUUUGUGUAUUGGGCAGUUAUUAGCAGUUGUAGUAUUGAAGUGCCCUUCACUAAGUGUAGGUUUCAGAACAAAGAUAGUGUUUGUGUCCAGACAGGAUUAUUUAUUUUUCUCAUUUUUUUUAUAGGUAUUAAGGAGGGAAAUCCUUUGGUUAAGGAUUAUAAAACUUUAAGGGCGACAUCAGCUUAUACUUUGUUUUCAUGUCCUAAUGCAAGUAGUUUUGUACAAAUAUGAGUGAGUGAUUAUGUAUGCUGUAGAUUAUGCUGUAUUCUGUGUUUGUAAUAUUUGCAAUGGCAAUAUUUCUGGAUUAUGUUAUAAUUUUAAUUUUCACUAUCUUUCCCUAAAACGUACAAAUUAUUGUCCAUCAUGUCAAUUUCAUCAGAUUCAUUGUAUAUCCUAUAAAAUGAAAUAUUUAUGAUGGCACCCAGAAAUUAAAUGUUUCCACAAUGUAGAUUUCAUUCUUCCAUGGCUGUGUAGUGUACUGAAAGUAUUUCACAUGUUCACAAGUUACUAGGUAUCAUAGUAUUACUGAGCUUAUACAAAUUCAUUCUUUUACCUUCCAGGAAAUGUGUAUGUAAUUUUAUAAAGUCAGAACAUUUCACAUAAACUACUUUGGUAUUUAUAAUAAAUGGAGAGUAUUAUUCUAGUAUGCUUGUGAAAAGCUUGUAAAUAAUUGUAUUUCACAGGCAUCAAUGAAGUAGCAUUGCUUGUAUCUUUGAUUUUUAGAAUUUAUAAAAGUAAAUGAGUUAUAACAAGAUACCUUACAGAGCUACAGUGCAGUUUAGUGUUUUCAAAUUAAACUUACAAACAUGUAUAAAAGUUAAUAUUAAGAUAAUUGACUCCAUCCAUCCACAAACAAACAUUAUCAAGGCCUUUUUUUAUUUUUUCAAAAUGUUUUGUGGGGUAACAGUUUCCCAGUACAACUGCAUGUUCUUGAUAUGUUAUGGCUGGGUAAGAUGCUCUAGAGCACUGGUUAUAGCUUGUGACUAAUGAAUGCUUCAGCUUACAUAAAAUUUGGAAUUAAAGAUCUAAUGUAUCUUAGCAAUAACAAAUUUAGUUUCAUAAAUGCAGUUCCUUUUGAAUUCUGGCAAUGUUUAGGUGCUAUCUUCCCUUUCCUCCAUAACUCAUUUCAUUACCAUAUCAUCAGUCCACCCAGCACCCAGUUUGGGUACCCGAUCUCAGUUGCCACCCGCCUCAUUUUGAAAUCUAUCAGUGAAGUGGUAGAUUUACUUUCUUAUAUGUUGAUAUGUAUCACUGCUGUCUAGUUGCAGAACUAUCUAAGAUAAGCACUUCAUUUUGACUCUAUGUACAUAAUACCACAACACAUUAUUGUAUACUAUUUGUUUCAUAUCCCCUUUUUUUCUCUCCCACUUGUAAGAGCAAUCAACAGUGCUGAAAUGUCCAUAUUUGUUACAGGUACGUUUUUCCUCUACUAUACAGGCAUUUCAGAAUUGUAAUCUUUUCCCUGUUGGGGCAACUGUUCUGCGUGUGCCACCUCUUGGCAGUUAUCGAGGAACAAAUUGGUAAUCAUUUCUUUGUGAUCAGGUACAGUAGAGUGGUAGAUAUUUUUACAAACUGGCCUCUCACAAAACCUUUGCUUAUAGCCACAUCUGAAUAUUCAGAAUAUAUUUUGGGUGGCAGAGAGCAUAAUCACAAGGUAAUUUUCUUUACUUCAGAUGUCACAGGAACAUGUUACUGAUUUGUGCCUCAAUUUACCAGUGUACCUGUGUUAGUUUAGCUGCACUGCUCAUGGUAUUAAAGGAUAUCUUGAAGCUUUAUAA